AGUGGAAAAGCUCCCGGUGCGCUAGCAAAAGAUCCCUUGUUAAGGAGGCUAGCAUUCAUCGUGUUUAGGGUUCUUAGUCUCAUUCUUGAGAAGGCGGCGAUUCGCGAAGCCGCGCGCCAUGUCGAUGUUCAUCCGAGUGAAGCGCAAGAAGACGACUUACUUCCUGCAUUGCGAUCCUUCCGAGACCGUGCUGGAGAUCAAGCAGAAGCUACAGGCACUGAGCGAGAACCAUGUCGAUGACCAGCGCCUCAUCUUGAUCGCCAACAAGCUCGUGCUGGAGGAUCACAAAACUCUCGCUGAUCAGAAGGUGGAGAACGAUGCGAUCGUUGCGAUGACUCUCAAGAUUCGUGAAACUGGUGAUUGGGAGGAAGUCGUGAUUGACAAGCCCGGCGAGCAUCCAAAGCCAGACACCGAUGCGAGCUGAAACGAGCAAAGCAACUGUAUAGUUCUUCCUCACUCAUCAGGUCACCACUCGAGGUUUUGUAAAUCUCUUUCAAUUGGAAGCUUUGAGGUUCUUGGUAUA